AUGCUCCGCAGACUGGCCCGGGCCGCGACCCCGCGGCAGCGGGUCUUCUGGGCGCGGAGGUCUGGGAGCCUGGCGGAGGUUCCGACGUACGUGGUGGACCUGCGCAGCGACACGGUGACCAAGCCCGGGCCGGCCAUGAGGCGCGCCAUGGCCGAGGCCGUCGUGGGGGACGACGACUACGGCGAGGACCCCACCGUCCGCGAGCUGCAGGCUACGGUUGCGGAGCUGCUUGGGGUGGAGCAGACCCUGUUCGUGCCCACAAACACCAUGGCCAACCUCAUCUCUGUGAUGUGUCACUGCCGGCGCCGGGGCUCCCAGCUCCUCCUGGGGCGCGAAUGCCACAUCCAUGUCUAUGAGCAGGGCGGGGUGGCUCAGAUCGCAGGGGUGCACUCCCACCCCCUCCCAGACCUGCCCUACGGCACCCUGGACCUGACUGACCUGGAGAGGCUGGUCACACGGAGCCUUGGGAGCCCCUACCAUCCUAUCUGUGAGCUCAUUUGCCUGGAGAACACCCACAGCAGUUCAGGGGGCCGGGUCCUCCCCUUGGAAUACUUACGGCAGGUGCACUUGCUGGCCCGAAGCCAUGGGGUCCGUGUCCACCUGGAUGGGGCGCGGUUGAUGAAUGCCGCGGUGGCUCUGGGCGUGCCCCCGGCCCGCAUCAUGGAGCACUGUGACUCUGUGUCUCUCUGUUUUUCCAAGGGCCUUGGUGCACCAGUGGGGGCCCUGGUUGGGGGACCCAAGGACUUCAUUGAAGAAGCCUGGCGCCUCCGGAAAGCCCUGGGUGGAGGGAUGCGCCAGGCUGGGGUGCUGGCCGCAGCUGCCCUGGUGGGACUGGCUGACGCCGAGGAGAUGCUGCAGAGGGACCACCAGAAUGCACAGAGAUUUGCCAAAGGGCUCCAGGAACUGGCGUCCCCCGUCUGCUCCGUGGAUCCCACCGCCGUGGAGACCAACAUGGUGAUGGUGAGAGUGGACGGGCUGCCGCCCGAUGAGCUGUGCCGGCGCCUGCAGGCCGUGAGCGCGGACGAGGCGGCCCAGACCGGCCGCGCGGUGCGUGUGCUGGUCUUCCCCUGGACGGAGCGGUCGGUGCGCGCCGUGUGGCACCGGGACGUCUCCACGCAGGACACAGAGCUGGCGCUGGGAAAGUGGGCGUUCGUGCUAAGGACCCUGCGCCUUGGCCAGGAUGGACGGAGCUGA